AUGUCUUUGUGCCCAGGAGAUCAGGAACCUGAUGAUAAAGUGCAAGCCAUUGUCCCUCUCAGCAUGGAGCCCACCCCGACUAUUGGCUUCACCAAACUGUCCUGGAAUAACUGGCUGCAAAAGACGUCUCCCCCUCCUGGCUACAGUGCAGAGGUGCUGGGAAGCGGGGUCACUGAGAUGGUGGCUCAGAGUAAAGAUCUGGGAGGAAUAGGACCAGAACAGCAGGUGGUGUGCAUAGACUGGACUGAGCUGGCUGGACGCGGCUAUGUGGUCCUCAAUAUGACCAAGAACCUCAACUGUGAGGAGUUCCGAGCAGACAAAGGCAUACGCUUGUUGAGGAUACUGGAGAGAGUCUUUGCUCGCAGAAUGAACAGCCCUGAGGGAUCAUGGGUACUGUACUUGAGCAAGCCCAUGCACCAGCAACAUCAACUGCUCAUGAACGUGGCAUCAGAGCAUGGAGUGAUAGCAGCCAAAGAUGUUCUGGCCAUGCUGGGAGAGAUCAGGAAAAGCUUAGAUAAGGUGGGUGUUCAGAACUACAGCUCAGCCUCCAGCUGCCAGACUCGCCCCAGUCAGACCCGGAGUGACUACGGCAAACUGUUUGUGGUCCUGGUCAUGAUCGGCUCUGUGUGCACCAUCAUCAUCACCGCUGGCUUUAUCUACAUCUGCUGGCAAAGACGCCUGCCCGCCAAGACCUCAUUCAGAGCUGAGGAGCUACACUUUGUGGAGAAUGCUUGUCAUGAUAACCCCACUCUUGACAUCACCAAUGACAAUCAGGGCGACAUGCAGGAGAAGAAAGUCAGUGCAAACGGACUACAACAACGUUCAGGAGGCGGGACUACAGCAGGAGGGGGAGAUGAGGGGGCAGAGGAGGGGAGACGCUGGCAGGCAAAAACCCAAAACGCACAGAUUGCAUUUGACGUCACCGCAGUGGUCCUUACGGCUAAUGCUAACCCUAGCUGCUGUAACGGUUGUUUGUGUUGCGUUUUACCGGGGAACAAGCAUCAUAUCUACCAGCUACUCCAUCUGUGCUGCUGUGACCCAUACUGCUCCACCCAGUGGCUACUCCAUCUCUGCUUCUGUGACCCGUCCUGCUCCACCCAGAAACGACUCCACUUCUGCUUCUGUGACCCGUCCUGCUCCACCCAGAGACUACUCCAUCUUUGCUGCUGUGACCUGAAGGGAUGA